UAUAUUCUACAGGAAACUUUCUUGUAAUUCGGUCAUAUGUGUAAUGAAGCUCGCAAAUCCUUCUAGACAGGCCCGCCAGCACAGGAAGAUCUAACAAAGGAAACAAACAGUGACAUCUCACAUGUCAAUUGCUAAAAGAAUCAAAACCAAACAAAAAGGUCUAAUGCACUGGAAUACUUCAUCUUCUUUGACUUUGAAACAUCAUCAUGACUUCUAAUCACCGCAAUAUUGUAUUCUCAGAACACCAAGUUCCAUCUCUCAACCAACUCUGAACUUCUCCAAAUCUAGAUCUGUCUUCUAUCAGAUUCUCCAAAGUUAAUCAUGGGGCUUCUCACCUUUACCGCUGCCGGCAGUGGCUUCAUUCUGAUCGGUGUAUGGGAAUCUCUUUCCUCUGUAAACCCAUCUAGAAGUCAGCUCUCCGAUCCAUCAAAAUCUCAACUUUCUGACACAGAUAAAGAAAGGAAAGACCUUUACUCAUCUGUUUUGAGUUUCAUCGUUGUUUGUGUUUUUUCGUCUCUGUUUGUGUUGAACUCUUUGGUUUCCGUGUUGAAUGCUGUGAAUUUGAGUGACAGAAUUGGUUCAGCCCUUCAAUUACCAGUUCUGGCUGUUGUGUCUUUGUUUUUUCUUUAUUCGGUUCUUGGUUUGUUGAUGAGUUAUAGAAGUUCUUUGUCCUUGCCUUCUUCGGUUCUUGAUUUGGUUCUUCUCUUUGCUUUUGUGGAGGAGUUUUUGUUGUAUUAUUUGCAAAGGAAGGACACAAGCGGGAUUGAGAAUCGCUAUUUUGAUCUCUUGCUUGUACCGAUUUUAGGAUGUGUGAUUUCAACUGUUCUUGGCUUGAGAUCGAUGAGUUCAGGAUCAAAUUUUGCAAGAUUGGGUCGUGGGGUUGGGCUGAUUUUGCAAGGAAUGUGGUUUCUGCAAAUGGGGUUGUCUUUUUACACUAACUUGAUUGCUCAUGGAUGCUCUUUGCAUGAAAAGAGUAGAGGGAAUUAUACUAUAAGGUGUAAGAGUCAUGAAGAUUAUCAUAGAGCUAGAGCUAUAGCUACACUUCAGUUUAACUGCCAUCUUGCGUUGCUUGUGGCUUUGGUUGUGGGGUUUUAUUCAGUGACGGCAAAAAGGAACGGAAUUCGUGGUAAUGGUGACUUUAUAAAAUAUAGGCCGCUUGGAGCUGAAAUGCAGCCUAUGGAGGUUGUGAGUAAUUUCACAUUGGAUUCUGAUGAGGAUGACAUAAGAGAAGAGGAGAAUGUCGCAAAGCCAAAGGUCGAAGUAGGUGUAAAUGGUCUUGAGAAUGGUCAUGGUUCGCAUGAGUGAGAGGUGCAGGGUGCAUGGAGUGAUACGUUAUAAUGCAACGAGCUCCUCUCUAGUAAACCUGUGAUGAACCCUAGAAACUGCAGAACAAAUUGUGCAUAGGUUGAAAACUAUUCAAAGUUUCAUUUAAAUCAUUCAUGAUCAAGCAGGAAAGAUGGAGUCAGUGCCAGAGGCUUGUUUGAUAACUUGUAUUUCUCCUUAAGGUUUUGUAUGUAUUACAUAGUUCUUCUCAAAUUCCUGAGAAUACUGAUUGUCAUUUAAGGAGGGUUCACUGUUGCAAUUGUUUCCAGGAUCUUUUCCAGUAUUUCA